AUGUCGUUUUUCGACGAUAAAUUCAGGCUGAAGCCUGGCGCCAUUAAAGAGGCGGUCCUGUCCACAUAUCAACUGGAUCUUUCGGAAUCUUCAGCAACGAAUGCAGAAACCCCCAAGUUAGCCUCGUAUCCAUCAAAUGAGGCGAUCGUGUUUAGAGAAAAAUGCCAGUAUUGCAUCAUCUCGCGUUCCAUCCUGGGUGUAUUGACACUGACACGCGAGUCUCUCACAUUCGAGCCGGACCUCAGGGACGCAAACGUGGACGAACGCGGCCCCGGCUACUACCAAAUUCACGUGGACAUGGAAAACAUACUGGAGUGUGGCUGUAUCGGCGCACCUUCCCACGAGCUGGUCGGACUGGAGGAUAUGCGCUGCAACGGAUUCCUCCAGGUGGUGGUAAAGCAGUACUCGGACAGUUUCGAGUCCCAGCACGAACUCAACUCAAGUUUCGAGUCCAUGGCCUCGGACUCGACGCACUACGAAAGGAACAGGCGCUCGCUCCUGUCGAACCUGACGCGGCUGGGCUCAACAAUAACAUCAGUGUUCUCGGGCUCUGGGAAGCCGAGGUCCCCGGUGUUCCCGAGGAGGGAGCUCACGCACGUGUCCAUCCUCUUCGGCUUCUUCAGCAAGGAGCUGGCGUACGCCUGCACGAACAAGCUCAUGUCGCUCAUCGACCAGUGCAACAGCUCGGAGCCCUCCUCAGACCGGUCCAAGAUCAUGCGAAUUCCCUUCUCGAGCAACAGCCUCAUCGACAGCUGGAACACGCUGAGCGACACGGUCGAGGAGCUGGAGGACCCGAGCGAGCGGUACGUGAGCCUGGACCACUGCAAGAUGGUAGGGGACAGGAGCAAGAUUCUGGAUUUCGACAUGGUGAGGAAGCUGGCCUCAAACUUCCCGGCGAGCCUGGCGAUCAGAGAGUGGGUCCUGAGCUUUGAAACGGACCACGACGGAGUCAGCUACCACACCUUCUACAGGAAUCUCGAAAACAAGGAAAACUGCAUAAUAGUCAUCGAAGACCUGAAGGGAGGCGUCUUCGGAGCGUUCACGCCGCAAAUCAGGUACAACCUGCGCUUCUACGGCUCAGGGGAGACCUUCGUGUUCAAAUUCGAGGCCGGCGACCUGAAGAUAUUCAAGUCUCAGGGGAAAAACCGGUGCUACAUAUACUCGAGCGACCACUCGGUGAUAAUAGGAGGCGGCGACAACGCGGCCAUAACGAUAGGCAAGGCCUUCAAGGUGGGCACAACGGGCCACAGCGAAACGUUCGACAACGAACCCCUGUCGGUGGACAGGCACUUUGAAAUAAAGCACAUGGAAGUGUGGACAUUCGGUGGAUUUGUAACAUAG